AUGCGGAUAACGAUUUUACCCUUAUCAAUGUUAGUGUUAUCCUUCGUCAAUAGUCUACCCGUUCCAGUGGUAGAUGACUCCUCCAUGAUAGUAUCCGAAGCUCCAUCAGAAGCGGAUACCGCAGAAAAUACAGAAGACAAUACAGUACCUCCGCCACGAGAAAUUUCGCCUGCUGUUGAUGCAACUGUUGAUUUGAACAAAGAUGGUGUACUGGACAUUGAUGAGGUCAGAUAUGCCGCAUUUGUGCAUCAUGGUCUCUCCGCAUCGGUUGUGGAGGACAUGUUCAAACAGGUGGACACAAAUCAUGACAACUUACUAGAUGCUCGUGAAUUUGAUGCCAUUCGAAUGUUAGUUCUGGAAAAAGCUGAAAACGCAGCACUUCGAUAUCUUCAAAACAUAGAUACAGAUCGAGAUGGCUUACUGUCUCUGCAAGAAGCCCAGGUCUACUUAUUGAAAGAAUAUGGAAUAGGUUAUCAUGACGUCACGCGUCUCUGGAAAUUGGUUCCAGCAGAAUUGGGCGAUAGAAUGAAUUCAACUUACUUUAGCAAGUUGAGAAGAAGGGUUCGAGGAAUGACAAUUCGGUUGGCUAGGCAGAUGAUGAAGAAUGGCGACUUGAACGGAGACGGGCAUAUUUCUGUUGAUGAGGCACAAGCGAUAGCAUUUGAGCAGGAAGGAAUUGGAGCAGGUGACGUGGCUUCAAUGGUUGGAAGUGUAGACGAGAAUAUGGACGGAGAGUUGAAUGCACCGGAAUUUGCAGAUUUCGAGAGAAUUGUGAGAGCUAGAGCCAUUGAGAAUAGCAAAAAAGCUAUGAGAGUGGUGGACGCGGAUAACAGUGGAACUCUAACAUUAGACGAAGCGAAACGAGUGGCAUUUGAACAUUAUGGAUUUGAUGAAGAAACUUUGGCACCAUUCUUUGGACAAGCUGACGAGAAUGAAGAUGGACAAUUGGAUAACGUCGAAUUUGCUGGUUUUCGUUCAGUUAUCAGGGCAAGAUCAGUCAGAGAUGCAAUGGAAAAAAUGAAGAGAAUCGACACAAACGACGAUGGGCUAAUUUCCACUGCAGAAGCAAUUGACUCAACCAAGAAAGAGGAUGAUAUGGAUUCAGAAGAAACUAUAGCAUUGUUUAACAUUGCUGACCAAAACAAAAGUGGAAAGCUUGACAAAGUUGAACUUGCCGAUUUCAAUAGAUUGGUCAGGUUAAGCUCGAUUAAAUUCGCAACUGAUCAUUUCAAAGAGUUUGAUUUGGAUGGUAACGAUGCUGUCACAUUUGACGAAAUUGCCUUAUUAAUUGAACAAAAGUACGGUAUUCCAAGGAAUAUGAUCAAAGCAUUUUUCGAACAAAUCGAUGUAGACAAUUCCGGAGACCUGAUGCCUGCCGAGAUUGUCGACUUCCGGCACUUGAUAAGAAAUCAUGUGUCACAACAACGACAAGAAAAAACUACACCAACCACGACCCCAGUCCCCACAACUACACAUGACACCACACUGUUAACUACAACUUCAUCCCCUCCAUCGCACUCCACAUCAAGCACAGCAAGCUCGACAAUCACUGCAUCUUCGACUACAGUAACUAAGCAUCCAAAACGGAAGAUGAACCCAGUUGAAGUGGCAGAGCUUGUUGAUGGAAUAGCAAAUGACGUUAUUGCACAGGAUAUUUCAGGACAAGAGUUAACUACUACCCCUUCUACGACUACUACCACUGCGCCAAUCACAGUCAAAACCACUUAUGCACCAACCACUACCACUAUUAGCCCAACACCAGAAAUAGAAGUAGUGACACCUUCUGAACCAGCAUCCACGUCACCGCCCUCUCCGAAAUCAACAAAAAUGACGACACGAAGACCCACUCCAUCAACGCCUUCUACGAAAUCAGAAGUUGUAGUAGAAGAAAUAAUUUAUGAGGAUGAAAAUGGAAACCCAAUGAAUCCGAAGAAACGAAAAGUUGGAGGAAAAGCAGAUGAUGUGUCGUACGAGGAGAUAAUUGAGUAUGUGGACGAGCCAGCAACUAAUUAA